AUGGCGGCCAACUUCUGGACAUCUUCUCACUGCAAGCAGCUUUUGGACCCAGAACAGGUUGAUGUGGUACAUCAACAAGAUAAAGAUAAAGGGAUCACUCUUGAAGAAUUUAAGCUCAUCAAGAUGCAUAUGGCGAAUUAUAUAUUGAAACUGGCUCAACAUGUCAAAGUGAGGCAAAGGGUUGUAGCAACUGCAGUUACAUAUAUGAGACGCGUCUAUACCAGAAAGAGUAUGACCGAAUAUGAUCCUCGUCUUGUUGCUCCUACUUGCUUAUAUUUGGCAUCCAAGGCAGAAGAAAGCACAGUGCAAGCUAGACUUCUUGUAUUUUACACAAAAAAAUUAUAUUCUGAUGAAAAAUAUAGAUAUGAAAUCAAAGAUAUACUUGAAAUGGAAAUGAAGAUAUUAGAAGCACUUGACUAUUAUUUAGUUGUGUUUCAUCCUUACCGCACAUUGUCUCAGUUGUUGCAGGAUGCUGGCAUGAGUGAUAUGAAUAUGACUCAAUUAUCUUGGGGACUUGUAAAUGACACAUACAAGAUGGACCUUAUUCUUAUACAUCCUCCAUAUUUGAUUGCCUUAGCUUGCAUAUACAUUGCUACUGUAUACCGAGAGAAAGAUAUCACAUCUUGGUUUGAAGAGCUUCGUGUUGACAUGAAUGUGGUGAAAAAUAUCUCGAUGGAGAUUUUAGAUUUCUAUGAAAACAACAAAAUGAUCGCAGAUGAAAGAAUAAAUACUGCUUUCAGCAAACUUGCUCUUAAGCCUUAGAUGGAUGAAUGAGCCCGCUAGCUGGAAAUAUACUGGCGUACACCGUUGUAUGAGUGAAUAUUAUUUCCUUGCCCCUUUAAGCAAGGAAACAGGAAAUAUGGUGCAGGCAGAAGUGAAAGCAUCGAUUCCUGGUUUGAUGCCUCCAGGGCUUGGCAGACCAUAAUUAGUUAUGUUUGUAGAACAUAAUUACAGUUAAUGCCUAAUUACACUUGAGUUUUUUUUUUAAUAAUUCAAAUAAUUUCAGCUGAAUUCCAAGUGAUUGUGUAA